AUGGCCCCUCCAACUGCCUCUUCGCAUCGUCCCCGCAAAAAGCGGACAAAUGCGACUCCUCCAGGCUCAAACAACAGCUUGAUUGUACACGGAGACGAUGGAGCGCAACAUGCCGCAUUCCCUCUGGUCUCAUUUCUAUGGGCCGCUCGUGCAGGCGUCUCUCAAUGGCUGAUUCUGCCCUUGACACUCAUGGCUGUCGGUCUUUUUCGGUGGGCUGUCAGUCUAUGGGGGUACUCUGGGUUCAAUGUUCCUCCAAUGUACGGCGAUCUUGAAGCUCAAAGGCACUGGAUGGAGAUCACAACCCAUUUGCCCAUGGCCAAAUGGUACCUUUAUGAUCUGCAAUAUUGGGGUCUAGACUAUCCUCCCUUGACAGCUUACCAUAGCUGGCUCUGUGGCAAAAUUGGCGCGAUCUUUGAUCCUUCGUGGUUCGCCUUGGACACUUCGCGGGGCAUUGAAGGGCCCGAUGUGAAGGUCUACAUGCGCGCAACCGUCUUCAUCUCCGAAUAUCUCAUCUAUAUUCCCGCCAUUGUCACAUUCCUUCGCCGAUAUACCCGCAUGCAUGGUGUCCAUGCAUGGUCGGCCUCCAUUGCUCUGGCUGCCAUCCUUCUACAACCGGCAACUAUCUUGAUUGACCAUGGUCACUUCCAAUUCAAUACGGUGAUGUUGGGUCUUGUGGUCGCUAGCUUGGAUGCCAUUCUCGCUGGCCGUAUGCUGUGGGCCUGUAUAUUUUUUGUCGGCGCCCUGGGCUUCAAGCAAAUGGCUCUCUACUAUGCGCCCGUCAUGUUCGCAUACCUACUGGGCGUGUGUGUCUUUCCGCGCCUCCACGUCUUUCGACUCCUCAACAUUGCGCUGAUUACCCUCGCGGCAUUCGCUCUACUUCUUGCUCCGCUCUUAUAUGGGGCCACGGGUACAGAGGCACGCGAUCUUUUCGCAUCGUCCCCAGAGCCCCCACUUUUGCAGGCGCUGUCUUUGUCUCUGAAUAAGAGGUCAUUAGCCUAUGCUCUGCUCUUUCAAACAACACAGAUCAUCCAUCGCGUGUUCCCAUUCGCCCGAGGUCUAUUCGAGGACAAGGUUGCCAAUGCUUGGUGUGCCAUCCACACCUUCUACAAGCUUAACCGCUUCGAUGCCUCCUUGUUACAGAGAGCAUCCUUAGGUGCUACGCUAAGCUCAAUACUUGUCCCUUGUAUUGUUAUAUUCCGCCAUCCUCGGGCUUCUUUGCUCCUCCCGGCCAUGUCCUGCGUAGCCUGGGGCUUCUUCCUUUUCUCCUUCCAGGUUCAUGAGAAGACCGUUCUUCUGCCACUCCUCCCCAUGACCCUUUCUCUGGCUAGUGAUGGCGGGCUCAGCAAACAGAGCCGCGCCUGGGUUGGUUGGGCCAAUGUGCUCGGCUGCUGGACCAUGUACCCCCUUCUUAAACGCGAAGAAUUGCGGUUGCCGUAUUUCACCUUGACCCUGCUCUGGGCCUAUUUGAUGGGACUUCCCCCAACCUCUUUUGAAAUAUUCCGCAGCCAAACAUCCCCUGAUGACAAGCCGUUGGAACCUCACCUUCUCAGCAAGCUCGUGCAAUUGGCCUUCUACCUGGUUAUGAUUGGCUGGCAUGUUCUGGAAGCCGCCAUACCUCCUCCCGAAGGCAAGCCUGAUUUGUGGGUAGUGAUCAAUGCCUUGAUUGGUGCAGCAGGUUUCGGGCUGGCUUAUUUGUGGUGUUUGUGGAACUUGGUCGUUCAGUGCCGCGAGAUCGAAGCUCGCGCCAACGCUGAGGGAAGUCAGAAAAAGAAGCAGUGA